AUGUUCAGUUCACUUACCAACCUCUGGACUAGCAAGCCAGUCGAUUUGCAUGUACACAAUAGCAUGGGAGACGCCUUUUACGUCAACUACUACCCUCCAGCGGGUUUACCCUACAAAAACUACCUGCACCUCAUUGGCACCUACCACGACAUCACAGCCACCUUCAGUCACAUUUUGGCGAGGGGCUAUUCCUUGCCUUAG